AUGCGGGAAUCAACAGAUUGUACAGUUGUCCACGCAUCUCACCAGCUGCUGAGUAUUGGUAUUGGAUCAAAUUUUGGAUACGAGUCUGUGAUUGUAAGGGAAGAUGACACUCCGGGAGCAGCGAAAAAAAUGGUCAAUCUCUUUGUGCAAAAAUUGAAGAUGGCGGUGGAAUCUGCAGAUUGUUUUCCAGAAUAUUUCUAUCGCGCGAUUGUAACACUAGAAACUGAAAAGCUUCUAAAAGACGACAAGAUUGAAAAAUCCCGAUUGUCUGCUCUUCUUCGAAAACUCAAACAAUACAUGAAGAUUGACGUUUUUGGCUUCAAUUCAGCGAAAUUUGAUUUACCUGUAUUGGUGCCCUACCUGUUUCCCGCUCUUCAGGCAGAGUUUGGGAAGUUUAACGUCAUCAAAAAGGGCGCAAGAUAUUUUCUCAUCGAAACAUCGUGCUGUAAUUUCAAAGAUGUGCUCAACUUUACGACUCCGAUCAAACUGGCAAAGUAUCUGAAGCAAAAUGGUGUCGAAGAAGAAAAAGGAAUUUGGCCAUACAAUCUGUACAACUCGAUCGAAGAACUGAAAGCUGCAGACAUGUUUCCAACUCACGAUAAAUUCUAUUCCGAUUUGAAGAAAGCCAACAUCCCCCUUGAGCUUUAUGAGGAGAAUUUGAAGAUGUUCACCGACUUUAAACGAGAAAAUUCAUCCUAUAACAUGCGCGAUUGGCUCAAAAGAUACAAUACCCUGGAUGUUACUCCUCUUGCAAAAGCAAUCGACAAUUCUUUCAAAAACUUUCAAAAAGUUUUUGGAAUGGAUCCGGCCGUCUCCUUGAGCUUACCCGGUUUUGCUCAAAAUUGCCUUUUCUCCCUCUACUCUGAAGAUGCUGCACUAUCACACUCAUUUCAUCAGAAGAAUGACGAAAUAAGAACACUUUUUCGAAACAAUAUUGUUGGUGGACUGGUCAAUGUUUUUUCUCGCUAUACUGAACUUGGUGAUGAAGAAGCUCCUCACAAUGCGAAAUUCGCCCAGAAUGGAGAGCGUUUCUCCAAUAUAUCGUUUCUGGAUUUUAACGCUCUCUAUCUCUGGGCGGAAAAUCAAAAGCUACCGACCACCCAGGGUAUUCUUUGGGAGAAGAAAUCAAACAAUUUUGUCAAAAAUAUAAUGACAAAUGGAAACUCAUUCGUUGCUCUUCAAUGGCUUCUCUUUGCCGAAGAAAAUGACCCAAAUCUGACUGACAAAAAUGGUAACAGGAUUCGCCUUCAGCAUCAGUAUUUCCGAGGGGAGCAUUCAGAAGAGGGUCGCAAGGUCGACGGUUUUGCGAUUGUCGAUGGUGUCAAAGUAUUUUGGGAGUUUCUUGGAUGCAAAUUUCACAAGGACUGCCCUCGGUGUCGCCCAAACGAGACAGAUGAAGCUUGGGAAAGAAAAAAGGCAUUCUUGGAGUCACGUGGUAAAGUCAUCUUCAUCCACGAAUGUAAAUGGAGAACAAUUGCGCGCAGCGUCAAAUGGAAAUCAAAAUACCUACCACUUAUCGAAAAAAAAACAGGAACUGAAGAGCAAAUUCUGGCAGGAAUCAAGGAUGGCUCGCUUUACGGCUUCAUUGUCGCUGACGUUCGAUGUCCCCUUCCAAUCUUCGAAAAAUUCAAAAAUCUAAAUUUUCCUCCGGUUAUACAGCGACUUCAAAUGACACCAGAAAUGCUCUCCCCAUACAUGAAAUCUCGAGUCGAGAGAGAGAAAACAACACUAAGAGAAACCGUCGUGCAAACGUUCAAUGGUGAUGGACUGUUGAUGUUGACAGAGACCGCAAAGUUUUACAUGGACAUUGGUCUCGAAGUAGGCAACAUAACAAAAUUUAUUCAAUACCGUGGAGAAAAGAUGCUAUCUAAAUUCGUCAGUAGAAUUACAGAAGGUAGAAUUAAGGCAAUUCUGGAUAAAGAAAAUGAGCUCGGACUUGUUUACAAGACAGUUGGUAAUAGUUCCUACGGCAAGCUUGGACAAAAGGUUGGGCAGCCAACAAACGUUUAUGGUGACACGAGAUUUUUGACAGAACAGUCAAGAAAAAAAACUUUCAAGUAUUUUACCCCGCUUGAGAUGGAAGACGGUGACUGUGACUAUUACGAAAUCACUCGAAAUUCAACCAAGGUCACGGACAAUAAGCCUUUACCAAUGUGCGUUGCAAUCCUUCAGCACAGCAAACUUCUAUUCUUACGAUUCAUCUAUGAUGUUGUGUUCGAGUUUUUUGAGCCCGGAUCCUACAAACUCUGCUACUGCGACACUGACAGCAUCGCAAUAGCGACAACUCGCUCAGCAAAGUCUGGCCGGACAACGAGACUCGGAAAAAGCGAAGAUACAUUCUUCCCCAUCGUAAAAGAGGGUCGAUUAGAAGAGUUCAAAAAGGUUUGGACAAAGUGGUUCGUUCUUGACGAUACCACUCGCACUGAAAAAACACCUGGGUUACUAAAGGUCGAGUGGGAGACUUCAGUGGGGUCGCUUGUGGCGCUGACAUGCAAGACAUAUCAGUGUGAGGGGAAGGACAACAAGCCUGAAGAAGUGAUCAAGCGAUCGACAAAGGGGACACCACAUUCUCAUUCUAUCGAGCAAACAACAUUUAAACGCGCUUUGAAAGAUGAGCUUGCUGAAAGAGACAAUCAAGUUGAUAUAAGUCGCCUUGGCCUUAGAAAUCAUAAAAUGCAGCGUCUAACUGUCACAAAAAAAAUGCUCAGUUCAAUUUUCUAUAAAAUGCAGCUUGAAUCUGACGGUAUCACUUCGCGACCUUUGCAAAUAAACGGUGUUUAUCUUUAA